AUGGAUACCCUCUCUUCUCAGACAACUCAGAAGAGCCAUGAGGCUGAGUCCAGUGCCCUGAUCUCUCUGAGUCUCUUGUCGGGGGUGGACCCAGGACACCUGUCCCAGCAACCGCAAGUCACUAGUUCACAGGACCAGGAGUCACUUGGGUCUUGCAGCCUCUCGGAGGUGGGCUCAGAGUUCCUACCUUUCUUUCACACUCAUGAGCAGCCCCUGGACGUGGAGGAACUGGCCCAGCAGUGUGAAGUUUGUGCUGGACACAAAGAUGGCUGGAGCCCCAGAGAGGGUCUGUUCCUCAGGGAGUCGGCGCCACCCAGUGGCUUUUCCCCGUACUACCGCUCUCCGGAAGAGCAUCUCCCCAGCAUCACCCCUCAAGGCUGUUGGUGUCUGGACACCAGAGGCCUCUUUCCCACAGCACAGGAUGGCUGCUGCAAGGUGACAGCCAGGGAUGGAUGCCCUUCUGCCUUGGCAGGGCCAGACCUCCUCUCUGGGUUUUCACCCUUACCAGCCUGCUACCACUUCCUGGGAGGGUUCGUGUGUGACGGCAACCAGGAUCUGCCUCUCUCUGGGGACCACGCUCUCGGUGAUUCGGGAUUUGUACCAUAUUACAGAAGCCCUGAAGAAAACCUUCGCACCAGCCCGGAGCCUCCUUCCCCAGUGCUAGGGGGCUCAAGGGAAUGACCCCAACCUGGGGCUGCCAGCCUGUGGAGGUGCCGUGGUGAAUGCAGCAGGGACUUCUGGGAAUGAACCUGCCAGUCGGUGAGGGACAAAGAGAACUGGAGAGGAGGACCCCACAGAUCAGUCCAUUUGCCCUGGGAUCAGAGCUCACCUGGUGCCCAGCCCUCAGACUUUUACUGUUCCUGCUCCUGAGGUGGGAAGAGGUCUUCGACUAUGAGAUCACCAGUGAGGGGGGG